AUGAAUUUUUUAACUGCUGAAUUCGGAAACAACCAUUGCCUAAACUCUGUUCCUCUGAAGGUGUAUCGAGGAAGAUGGGACGAGGGCAGAUCAAGCUGGAGCCGGUGAGUAGCGCCAGGAAAGUAGGAUUGGCCUCCGCCUCCACAGCAGCCACCGCCGCCACCCUCACCACCUCCACCAUCACAGCAACUGCACCAGGAGCCUGCACCGUAGUCACUUUCGUCCGCGCGAGAUUUCUUCUUAGUCUUCUUCAUCUUCUUCAUUUCCUUCUCCCUCUUCUUCAUCUUCUUCAUUUCCUUCUCCCUCUUCUUCAUCUCCUUCAUCUCCUUCUCCCUCUUCUUUCUUUCGCUAUGACCGCAGGCGAAGAGGAUGGUCGGAAUGAUGGAUAGAGACGCCACGACCAUGCAGAAGAGAAGGAGAGUCCCGGGUACUUUGUAGGUUGAGCCGCCACCGCCGUGGGCAGCUGAACCGUAAGCAUCUAACAAGGCCCUGACCAUCGUUCUUCAACUCUUUCCGCGUUUCAAAGAGAGGAGUUUUGAUUCAUAAUUAUAGAUUUGAAUGUGCAGGAGGUCUAAUCUGCCGUGAUCAUGAACUUAUCUUCAUGGCACUCACCGCGAAGGUACGGAUCAUACCGAUUUCGUCUCCGAAGAGCAUUAAACAGUGACCGGACAGGGGGCAGGGAGGAAGGGAGAGAGACAGACGAAGGACCCACGCGGAAUAAACAGACAGAAAAUCAAAUGUCCUAUGUUUGGGCUUUUUUGGACUAUUGAACCCUGAACUUAAAGGCUUCACCGGCAACGAAACCACCACGGAGUUCCAGGACCUAUUCCGUUCAUACAGGCGGUCAAGAUAUCGUACUUCACUUAUUAAAGUCUAACAUUUACUGGGAUAAAAUGUUUACGACGUUAAAAAACUGUAAUCUCCUGGAGUCGUUAAAAAACGAGAUAUUCACGCGCGGUCAUUAAACAACAUGAUCAGCUUGAUUAGGAAGAAAGGAUAGAGAGAUGUGACCUUCAGGCGGAUUCCGGAUUGGAAUGUUAACUGUGAAGGAAAUCUACGACAAUAUAUCCUCCAAUCUGAGGAUAUUCUGACAUAUUUUUAUGAAUAAAUCGACAUCAAUAUUUAUUAAAAUCUAUACUUGUUAUCCUUGCAUAUAAAGAAAAAUAUGACUUUAAUUUGCUCCCCAGAAGUAACAUGACAUGCUCGACGAGGCAAGCCGUCCGAGCUGGCCUCUUUGAUUUGCACUAAGGCCCGCCUCUGUAGCGACUGCAUAAGUAAACGGUUUGGACACGGAGAAGGUCAUGACGUGGUAUCUAUUGAGGUGGGGUGGUGGCGGUGUUGUUGCAGUGGUGGGUGCCGGCGACGUCUGUUACCGUACAUCCUCCCUCUAGAACUAGUUGUUCACUGUCUCUUAGUCUCCCCAUCUUGCGGUAUAAUGAUUCCAAACAUGCUGUUGCUAGUUCGUUCGAUUUUUAUAGAUUUUUCCGAUUCCAGAAAUAGAAUACAUGGAUAAAUUGGAAACGCAUGUCUUCCAUUGUAGACAUUAAAGACGUGAUGGGGUAUAAAUAUUAAAGAUAUAUAUUUUUUGUUUUAACUACGGCCAUUAUCAUGAAAUUUGCAUUUAUGCAAGAUUUGUGUAUUUGCUUAAGAGCUAUUUGAUUUUAGCUGCCUACAAAGAAGCUGGACUAUCCAUAAGCCCCAUUUUUCUUUGAAAAAUAUCAUACUAUUUCAUCCAAUUUUGGUGAUUUUUUUUUAAAAUCGUUUAGUGAAAGGACUAAAUAGACCUUGAAACUGUAAAUUGUCCUGAAGUAACAUGACAUGUGAGAGGGAGAGAGAGAGAGAGAGAGAGAGAGAGAGAGAGGGCCUGGAUGGAUAUUGGUAAAGGCUUGAUUGAGUCUCUGGAUUCCUCUAGUCUAAGAUACUGAUACUGUCCUUGCAUAAUAGGAAAUACGAUAUUUCCCAGAGAUAAUUACACGUUUAUUUUCACUCUAUGAACACCAGUACAAUUUCGGCGUAAUUAUUGACUAGAUUCUGGCCUUCACCGGCGUUAAGGGGUCGUCGAUAGUACCAGACACAAAUGGACCCAGCGGUUUCGGGACCGGAGGUUCAUCAUCAUUCACCACCGCCGCCGCCGCCGCCUCCACCACAGCCGCCGCCACCCCCACCACCACAAUCGCCGCCGCCGCCACCACCAUCGUCGCCGCCGCCGCGAUCCUUUUUCUUCUUACCGCGGUCAUCAUCACCACAAGCGAAGAGGAUGGUUGGAAUGAUAGAGAGAGACGCCACCAUCAUGCAGAAGAGAAAGAAAACCCCAGUGACCACGUAAGAUGAGCCGCCGCCGCCGUUGCCCGCCAACGAGGCCCUGGCCAUCGUUCUUCGCUUCUUAUCAACAACUGGGAUUUGGAUAGACAGGAGGAUGGGACUUAAUAUAGAUUCGAACGCGCUGGCGCCUAAUCCGAAACCGAUAUAAAUUAUUUUAUGUUGGAGCCUAUAACGAAGCUGCACGUUUCUCUGACUUCCGCUAGAAGCCUUGCCGCGAAGAUUCAGAGAUAGAGAGAGAGAGAGGGAACUUUUCGCCGUUUAAUUUUUCCUUCGUAGACGAGCGAAAUAAGGUUUAUAAAGAGUCAGAGAUUCAUUUUCAUGCUGUUUAGCGAACUGGAUCUCCUUAUUUUCCCAUGAAAUCUGUUUAUGUUUGAACAUCUAUUCAAAAGUAAGUGAAUAGUGAGUAGAGUCCUCCAGUUCUUGUUCCUCAGGAUACGAGCGAUCGCCCUGAGCCAAAGUUCCAGCUUUGCAAAGAGGCAGAAGUAUGGUGUUCAUAGAGCAUCUCUCGCCACUUCUACUCAGAGACGACGCAUCUGCUCAGAGAGAAAAAAUUUCGUGUGACCACGUAGUGCUUGGUCCCUCUCUGGGAGGGGAUUUGUCCCAACCUUGUCGUAUGUUCAAAUUCCUAAAUUUUUCAAUGCUCUCUACCGAGUCCUACUAGUCCAAGUCAUAGGAUCUGGGCUCCAAGUACGGAUGAAAGAUUAAACCAUUUCUUAUGGGCCCAAGUGAUCAUAAUGAUUUGGAUACAAACUUAUUUGACGUAGCUAUGGGAUGAUUUAAAAGGGAAUUAUUUCUAUCAUUAAUUAUCACUUUUUAAUUCAUAAAAAAGCUUCCUUCCAUCAUUUAUUUUUAUUUCUAUUAUAUUUUGACUAGUCUAGAUAUCACCGGGUCAAACGCACCAGACCUAUUGGUAGACUAGUUUUGUUGAGUCCCAUACUUGAGCAUCUAUAUCUCUCUAAACAGGGUCACAAACUAAGAGAGAUGGGGUAGAAUUGCCUGAUGGAAUCUUCGAUUCUCUUCAAGAAAUCCUUCCUCUUUUUAUCCCUCUAGGUCUUUUGAACCCUCGUUUUUGUUGCAAGAAAAAUUUAAGCAUGAACUCAUUUUUGCAGAACUUUUCAUCUCUUUUAUGAGCUACUCUUAAAACCAUAUUGAAUCUUUAUGCCUAUAAUGACUUUAUUUUUUCUCAUAUGCUACACUAUAGUUUUCGAUGAUUUAAAAGACCCAGUUUUCUUUUUAAAUCGGGUCCAUCUUUGGCACUGAGUUGCCAUCAAAGAUCUGAAGGUUUUACACAGCCAAAGGUGACAUAAAAAAUUAAGGUAAUAGUAGAAAGUUGAUCUCAAGCAUGGACGCUUGUUAAUUAAAUAGAUGGGGAUUAGAAGAGACGAUGGAUAAAGGUACAGAAAUCAAAGCCUCUCUAGGUUGGAAAAAUCUUCCAGCCAAAUUAAAAUAAUGGAAAGAUUGUUCAAGUGAAACAAUUUUUUGGUUAAGUUUAACGUUUUUUUCAAGUCGAAAGCUUAUGGUGAAAUUUGAAUAUUUAAUAGGUUUAUAAACAAGGUUAAGAUUGGUUCCUAUUCUGUGUUUUAUGAUUGGAAUCGUGAUAGCGAUUCUCUAUGAUUAUUGUUACAUGAAAAAAAAAAGAAGGAAUCAUCUUAGGAUUGUCUUGGAGCCCAACAAAAGGUUGAAUCAAACAAUGGGUAGAACCAAUGUCAUGCUGAUGUACGAGAGAACAUAGGAAAUGACCGUAAAUCGGUUCUGAAUAUGUGUUAGAUUUGAGCCUAUAGAGUCCUCGAGCCAUCUCCAACAUUUCUAAAACAGUUUUUCCUUGAAUAAUAAUUACGUCUUUAAUAUUUAUGAAAAAACAUUUUCCGUAUUGUUUGAAUUUUUAUCCCCGCAAUGCAGAUGCCAUUAUGGUAAUGAGUAGAUAUCAUAAUAAUUUGGAGUCUCGAAAUGUUAUGCCGAAUUAAAAGUCAAAUGUACGGAAUCAUUUUGCGGUUAGAAGCUUUGACUAGUUAACUCGCGUGAUCCUUAUCCGACCGACCCACUUAAUGGAAGGAGAGCGCAUCAAUCCCCAUCACACAGCCGCCGCCCGAAGCCCAGCCACAUCUUGGCCGCCGCCACCGGCGCCUUCCGGGGAACCGCCGCCACGUCCUGCACCGUCGGUGCCCUGGCCAUGAUUUCUCACAUUAUACUCUUUCUGUGGACGAGUGGAGAUCUUGAUGUGAGAGGAGGAGAAGCCACAUCUGAUGUAAUGUAGUCGAGUCUGACAUUGUAAUUAAGUAUUGGCCGUAAAAUCUUUAGGGAAUGGCGAGAGAGAUUAACACCGGAUCAACCAAGUCGAAGAAUUCUUCCUAACGAUUUAGAUAAGUGAGGGGGAGAGAGAGAGAGAGAGAGAGAGAGAGAGAGAUUCAGCAUGACUAUUGGGGGCUUAAAAUGCACAUGUUUUUAGAACAAAAAGGUUUGCGUACGAAUUUUUAAACUGCUGAAUUCGGAAACAACCGUUGCCUAAACUCUGUCCCUCUGACGGUGCAUCGAGGAAGAUGGUCAAGGGGCAGAUCAAGCUGGAGCCGGUGAGUGGCUCCAGGAAAAUAGGAUUAGCUCGCCCCACCGCCGCCGCCACAGCCUCCGCCUCCACCGCCGCCUCCACAGCCUCCGCCGCCACCGCCGCCACCGUCACCGCCACCGCCGCCACCGUCACCGCCUCCACCGUCACCGCCUCCGUCACCACCAUCACCACCAUCACCACCUCCGUCUCCCCCGCCAUCACAGCAACUGCACCAGGAGCCUGCACCGUAGUCACUUUCGUAGGCGCGAGAUUUCUUCUUAUUCUUCUUCAUCUUCUUCAUUUCCUUCUCCCUCUUCUUCAUCUCCUUCAUCUCCUUCUCCCUCUUCUUUCUUUCGCUGUGACUGCAGGCGAAGAGGAUGGUCGGAAUGAUGGAUAGAGACGCCACGACCAUGCAGAAGAGAAGGAGAGUCCCGGAGACUGUGUAGGUUGAGCCGCCACCGCCGUGGGCAGCCGAGCCGUAAGCGUCUAACAAGGCCCUGACCAUCGUUCUUCAACUCUUUCCGCGUUUCAAAGAGAGGAGUUUUGAUUCAUAUUUAUAGAUUUGAAUGUGCAGGAGGUCUCAUCUGCCGUGAUCAUGAACGUCUCUUCAUGGAACUCACUGCGAAGGUACGGAUCAUACCGAUUUCGUGUCUCCGAAGCAUUAAACACUAACCGGAAAGGGGCCAGCGAGGAAGGGAGAGACGAAAAUGCGGAAUAAACAGAUAGGAAGUCAAAGAGGAAGUAAAAUUUCCCACCUAUGGCUUUUCUCUGACUAUUGUAUGCCGGAGUCAAAGGUUUGACCGCCAACGUAAUCACUACAAAGGUACAGAACUUGUUCCGUUCAUAUAGGCUGUCAAGAUAUCGUACUUAACAGGUUAAAGUCUUACAUUUACAGGGAAAAAAUGUUUGAGGUUGAAAAACUGUAAUUUCCUGGAGUCGUAGAAAAACGAGAUAUUCACGAGAACUUUCUGAAUCUGGAUGCAGCCGUUGACCACAGUCGGCGAUCUCUUCUCUAAAAUACGUGCGGUCAUUAAACGGCACAUGAUCAGCUUGAUCAAGAAGCAAGGAUAGAGAAAUGUGACCUGUGGGUGAAUUCAAGAUCAGUAUAUGAACUGUGAAGCAUAUCUCCGAUCUGAGCAAAUUCUGAUAUAUUUUUGUGAUUAAAUCGACAUCAAUAUUUAUUAAAAAAAUAUCCUUGUUAUCCUUGCACAUAAAGAAAAACAUGAGUCUAAAUUUUCUCCCCAGAAGUAACACAACAUGCCUGACGAGGCAAGCCGUCCGAGCUGGCCUCUUUCAGUUGCACUGAGGUCCGUGAUGCAGGACGGGGCGAGAACCCCCUGUACCGGAUCAAUGAAACUCGAGUCCCGAGAUGGGGCAGUCGGACCGAUCUGAUAAGAAGGUUUGGACCCUAGACUCUAGGUCUGACCACGUAACUUAAGCACAGGCAGGCGUACCAAUAUACGUGAUCAACCCAGGACAACCCGGGGAAACACUCGACGAUGGUAAGUGAGAGGCCCUCUCGGUCCACGUCCGGACAGACGGCAGAACUGUCGUCGUGAAGUAGCCUAGGGCUGCAGCUCACGAACUGUGACGAGUCUGGCGCAACGUCGGAAGUCACGAUCCGAUAACCUGUCCUAUCCUGUCUACGUGCUCCUGAUGGCGGUAGAGACGAGCCGAGAAAACCCUUCGAAAGAUAAUUAAACUUAAGUAAGAAGGGGUACGGAGCUAACCUUCAGGGCUGCGUAGCCCGGCGGGUCGUGACGGAGCGGAGAUCCGACGAAGGCAGGGACGUCCGGUGAAGAGCGAUGCUCAGCAUCGACGGUCGGUCCUGGUCGAGAGUUGCCGUAGCCGUCGUCGUAAGGCGUGGCACGGUCGGCGCGGGCGUGGGCCCGCUGGUGGGCCGAAUGGCACGCUAGCGGGCGCGGGAGGCAAGCCGCGCGGCGGCCCUAGGGCACGCAGGAGCCGGCGCGCGGGGCGCGCGCGGCGGCAGCGCUUCGGCGGGAAGGCCGAGCGUCUGCGGCGCUUCGGCGGGAAUGCCGAGCGUCUGCGGCGCUUCGGCGGGAAUGCCGAGCGUCAGCGGCGCUUCGGCGGGAAGGCCGAGCGUCGGCGGUUGGGGCGGAAGCCCAACCGUCGCCGGAAGGAUCGGCCUCUCUGGCGGCGUCGGGAAGCGGAGCAGAAAGGAGACGAUCCGGCCGACUAUACCAGGGAGGGUUGAGCUCUCCUGGUCUAAGCGGCGCCGGAAACGGCGCGACGGUGGCGGAGCGUCUUGAAACUCCGGCGGGGGCCUGUGAGGAGCUGGGACUGGUUCUGGCUCGUCGGCACGGCUGCAGGGUCUCUUCCGACGUCGGCGGCAGGUCGGCGUUCGUCGGCGAACGGCCAGCGACUGGGCGGAGCGGCGGAGGGCGGCUCCGGCGAGUUUAUGGUGGAGUUCCGGAGGAAGAGGCGGCAGUCGAACCAGGAGUCGAGAGACUCCGGCGGAGUGCUCGGCGACGGCUCGUAGCGAGGCGAAGCGAGCCCCUUUCGUCACGACGGCGUGACGGGGUUCCAGCAGAGGCGGCGGCGGCUGCAGCGGCAACCACGACCGUUUCGUCCGGUGACGGCGGCGAGCUCCCGGGCGGCAAUGAGAUGGCCGGCGGCGGCAGUGGUCUCAGGCGGCGGCGGGACUUCUCGGGCAGCAGCGUCACGAGGAACGAAGUCCUCGAAGGGGGUAUCGACGGCCUUCCUCUUCCUCCUUCCCUCCCUAUCCUAGAUCACGGAGAAGGUACUCUGAAAACGAUAAUCUCUCUCAAAAAUACGGCGCUCUUUUGAGGGGGGGUCCUACCUCCCCUUAUAUGGGGGCCCACAAGUGGGCUAAGGGGGGGUGGCCCACUUGAGACCCUCAAGCCCAUAAGCCACAAGGCUACAAAAGGGGCUUAUUGGGCCUCUUAAAGAGAGACCCAAUAAGCUCCCCUAAAAGGAGAAAGAGGAGGGCCCUCUUCUGGUUCUUAAGUGGGCCUCAAAUGAAGACCCAAAUAAGCCCCAAAAGAGGCCCAAAAAGAAAGACACAUAGGUCCCCCCCUUAGGGUUUUAAUUGGGCCUCAAAGAGAGACCCAAUAAAACCCUAAAGAAAGGGAGACAAAUAACAACACACACAUAGAAUUGGGCCCGCUAACACACAAACACGAGGUUCAACAAGUCAAUGUGAAAAUACCAAGAAAGAUAAGGGUGAGCUCGAGCUCGUCGUCGUCGCGGAGGUGGAAUGUCGUUGUCCCAAAGGGCUAGGCCGUGUAGUGAAAGCCAGGCUCCUUCGUCUUUGCACGUCGAUCGAGCUGAACUCGGACUGCCGGUGUCUCCUGAGCUGAUGGAGACGGGUCUUGCUCGCCAUCAGCCCGCCUCUGUGGUGACUGCAUGAGCAAAUGGUGUGGAGAGAGAGAAGGUCGAUGUGGUGGCUGAUGAGGUGGGGGUGGUGGUAGUGUUGUUGUAGUGGCGGCGACAAGGUCUAUUACUUCACAUCCUCCACUCUAGAACUAGCUGUUCGCUGUCUCUUUGCCUCCCCAUCUUGCGGUGUAACGAUUCCAAACAUGGGUGUUACUAGUUCGUUCGAUUUUUGUAGAUUUCUCAAACUCCAAAAAUAGUAUUCAUGUGAUUGAAGUAACAAGGGGAGUACAUGGAUACAUUGGAAAUGCAUGUUCUUUGAUUGUAGACAUAACAAACAUGAUGGUGUAUAAAUAUUAAAGAUACUAAAUUGUGUUUUAUCUGUGGCCAUUAUCGUGAAAAUUUGCAUUUAUCCAAGUUUUUUGUACUUAUUUAAGAGUUAUUUGAUUUUAGCUGCCUACAAAGCAACUAGACUAUCCAUAAGCCACAUUGUUCUUUGAAAAAUAGCAUACUAUUCCAUCUAAUUUUACCGAUUUUUAAAAAAAUUCCACUUAGUGAAAGGACUAAAUAACCCUUGAAACUAUAAAUUGUCCUCACAAAUAUCUGUUAGUGUGGACUGCAUGGAUUUUUGUUUCUAGUGUGGAUAUGGUGAUUGGUGCAUGAAAGACCCUACUAAUUUUCACUUACGUUCUCUCUCUCCCCCUCUUCCCCAUUGGGCGUCUCUACCUUUACCAUCCUGAUGGGCUCCUCUACCUCCUCUCCUUCAAGUCAGGCAUCAUUGGCCUCCCUCUUCCUGCCCUCCCAGCCAUGAGGAACAACAAAAUGGUAAUUGAGUUCAGGGGUAAUUCAGUCCUUUUAAGCAAGUUAGGUGUAACCUCAGAAAUUAGAUCCAUUUGCUAAAAAAAAAAUUGUCAGAAAAUUUUCGAUGAUUUUCUGAUCAAAUUGGAAAAUAAAGGAGGUUAUCAAUUAACUUGGUAUGUAAGGCAAGAAAACAAAAUAGCUAGGUAUUGAACUUUAUUUAAACCUACAUAUCUUUGCAUUUUCAUUUAUAUUAUUAUAAAAAAAUGUGGAUUAAAUUUUACAUGAAGAUAAAUAUUUACCUAUAUAAAAAAUUAAAAUUAAAAUAUCUGAAGAAACGUGUAAUCAUAUAUAAAUAAAUCUUAAUUUAUUUAAGUGGACCCUUUCAUUAAAAUGAUUUGGUCAUAAUUUUAGUAUGCCAACUCUUCUAACAAAGGUUGGACAAUCUAUUAUUAUUUGGAAGCCUUGAAGUCAACACUUUAUUAUUUUGCUUCAUGCCAAAGGGCUUAAUAAUACUCCAACUGAUGACCACGUCGUUGACCGUAGACCGGCUAGCCUGGUUGAUUGGAUAGACUGGGUCGAACCAGGCGAGGCGGGAUGGCGCGGACCAGGCGGUCUGGAAUGAUUCGGACCGGCGACACGGGCCGGUGCGAACCAGGCAGUACAAGAUGGUUCGGACUGGAACGGCGGUUUGGCUCGAACCAGGCGGUAGAGCGUGUUUGGGGCCGGGGAGAAGUGGGGGGGGGUAGGGGUCGGGCUAAGCCGGACUGGUUCGGGCCUGCGGUUCGUGGUAUCACGAACUGGGUUGGUUUUAAGCCUAACCGGUGGGAAGGGAGAACGAAUGGGUCGUGCAGAACAGGCGGAGGGGGCGGCGGUAUGGCGGAAGACCCGAGCGGCGGACGGGCGGCGGCAGUGGCGACGGUGGAUUGCGGCGGCGAUCGAAUCGACGGCGGCGGAUGGGCAGUGGUGGAUGACGGCGGACGGUGGAUUGAAACGGCGGGAGAUGGCGGCAGCGGCGGACAACGGCGGGCGAAAGGCAGAUGAUGGCAGAAGGACGGUGUCUGGGGAUUCUGGAUGACGGACGGCGGCGGACGCCGGACGGCAGUGGCGGCGAUGGGGAUGGCGAUGGAUAACUGACCCUCACGGCCUUUCCUUCCGGAGCGAUACGAGGUAACCCUCAAAACUUUAUCUUCUUUUCUCUCUGCUCGUUCUGGGGCUACAUGAGGUUCUUUACCUCUCUGAUGAUUAAAAAAUACUUAAAAAGGAAAUUAUGCGUUAAUGGGCUUGAUUGGGUCUCGGGAUUACUCGAGUUUAAGACACCGAUACAAUCCUUCCAUAAUAGGAAAUACGAUAUUUCCCAGAGAUAAAUGCUCGUUUUUUCUAGCCUUCACCAGCAUUAAAGCAUCGUCGAUAGUAGCAGACACAAAUGGGCCCAGAGGUUUUAGGACCGAAGGUUCAUCAUUAACCACCACCGCCACCACAGCCACCGCCACCACAGCCGCCGCCCCCACCACCACAGCAGCCGCCGCCCCCACCGCCGCCCCCACAGCCGCCGCCGCCGCCGCCGCUACAGCAGCCGCUAGCCUUUUUCUUCGUACCACCAUCACCACACGCGAAGAGGAUGGUUGGAAUGAUAGAGAGAGACGCCACCACCAUGCAGAAGAGAAAGAGAGCCCCAGUGACAACGUAGGUUGAGCCGACGCCGCCAUGGGCCGCCAACAAGGCCCUGGCCAUCGUUCUUCGCCUCUUAUCGACACCUGGGAGUUGGAUAGACAGAAGGAUUGACUUUAUAGAGAUUCGAACGCGCUGCCGUCUAAUCCGAAACCGACAUAAAAUAUUUCAUGUUGGAACCUAUAAGGAAGCUUCACACUUCUCUGACUUCCGCUAGAACCCUUGCCUCGAAGAUUCAGAGAGAGAGACGGCAAUUUUCGCCGGCUAAUUCUUCCUAUGUAGACGAGCAGGUCAACAGCUUGUCCGUUCAAGGCAGCCACAGCGAAGCUUCGAAUUUUGAGAAAAUAACCUCACUGAUGCGAAUCUCUCAAAGGAAUAUACAAUUCUAGACGGUAAAUAUGAUGAUGACGCAAAAUUUCCAAACCAGGAUGAAUUCAUCGGCCAUCAUCUGAGCAAAAAGUGAUGUAAGCUUCUGUUACCAUUGAUGAUCGUCAACCAGCUCAUAUUUCAGCUAGAUCCGGAGAGUAGGGAGCAACGAAAAGAACAUGACUGUAACGUUAGGAGUGGCUUUCGAGUUAAUUCUAGCGGGCCGACGUUAUGAACUGCGGAUCAUGUGUACCAUAUAGCGCAUUAUUUUCUUGUGGUUACAUCAUAAUUUUAACAUGGAAUCAGAACACUUCGAACAAAUAUGACGGGCUACUUGCUAUUCUUCCAUGGAAUAAAAAAAAUGUAACUUUAUGGUUACUUACCCACUUCUAACUUAUACGAUUAAUAGGCGGGCUAAUGUCAAACUCCAUGGAACAAGGCCCGGCCUUUUUGGGUCAGAACCGAACGUAGCGAAGCCAGAAAGGAAAGCUUAAUAUAGGCUUUGGAAUAAACCCCACACACGGAGAAGGCGGGGCUGGUCUAGCCGCUUGAUUCGGGGAUGUGGGAAGAGAGCAGAACCCAGCAGAGGUAACGACCCACGCGUCUUAAGCCUGAAGCCAGGAAAGAACUUAACAUGGGACCCAUUUAGGAGAUUAAAAAUUGGAAAAAACUUCUCUAUGGAUUAAUUUUAUUGGGAAUUUUGAGGAAAAUAAUGUAGACACUAAGGUUGAUGCAUCAAAUAAUAGUUUAUCUGAUAUUAUUCAAUCCAUUAUAGAUAUUAUUAAGUGUAUAUAACUGAUAGCUUUCGAAAGUCAUUUUACGUUUUUCAGACUGAAAAUUUUGUGGAAACUUUUAUUGUGAUAUGAUGUAGCAAACUUUUACAGCUGUUUUCUUGGCAGUGUGGAGUGUCUAAAGCAAACCGAUAUUUUCCCUGGUAAGUCUUUGUAUCAUCUGGAAUUGGAGUCAACGUAUUUCUUCUUUCCAGGCUGGAUUUGGCUUUGGGGGCAGAGAACAAAGUCAACCGCCACAGCCGCCGCACCCACCACCACAACCGCCGCACCCACCACCACAGCCGCCCCCAUCUCCUCCGCCGAAGUCGUCUCCACCCACGUCGCUAGCAGCAGCGGCAACGGCCACGCCGACGCCAAGGCCUACGACGGCUGCGGCGCCGACGGCGGCACCGCUGGCAGGGUAA